AUGCGGAAGGACGCAUAUCUGUACGAGUAUACGGAGAGUUGGGACAAGUUGGAAGAAGAUGUAUUACCGAGGAAAGAAGACUUUUACAGCAUGCUGACGAAAAAGAACAUCGACGACGACGAAUAUCGACAAGCGAAAACAGUAUGGGACUACUUUGAUUGUAGGACGUUAGGGGAAUACAGCGACCUUUAUUUGAAGAUUGACGUGAUGUUGUUGGCGGAUUUUGUCGAAAAUUUCCGCGAUAUAUCUAUGAAGACGUAUACCCUAGACCCGGCAUUCUAUUACACGGCACCCGGAUUCAGCUUCGACUGCAUGCUGAAAUGUACAUAGAUGAAACUAGAACUCCUAACGGACUACGAUUUGUUGCUGAUGAUCGAAAGAGGUAAAACGUUUUAUAUUAUUUUACAAAAUUAUUAUCAUAUUAAUUUUAUUUUAUAGGUUUACGCGGUGGAUUGGAGCAGGCGAGUUAACGAUACGGGAAGGCGAACAAUUAUCCGGAGAAGGCGAACAAUUAUACGAUGGAAGACUAUGAUGAGACGAAAGAAGAUUCAUGGAUAAUAUACCAGGAUUGUAAAUAUAAACAAUUUUUUUUCUGUUUAUUUUAGGUAACAAUUUGUACGGGUGGGCGAUGAGUCAAUAUAUGUCCUACGGUGGAUUUAAGUGGAUGGAGCCCACAUUAGACGGUUUGGAAGAAUUAAACGAUACUUCACCCAUAGGACGGGUAUACGAAGUCGAUAUCACGUACCCGGAACAUCUGCACGUAAAACAAAACGACUUACCAUUCUUACCGAAUAACGGAAUACCACCAGGCUCGAAGGUGAAGAAACUGAUGGCCACAUUGAAGGCGAAGACUAACUACAUUAUACACUACAGGAAUUUGAAACAAGCAAAAGCAAACGGACUGAUUGUUAAAAAGGUAAACAUUUUUAUUUUUAUUUAAUUAAUUAUAUAUUUAUUAUAUUUUUGUAUUAUUUAUGUUACAGGUGCACAGAGUAAAGCAAUUUAACCAGUCACCGUGGCUGAAGAAAUAUAUUGAUUUAAACACAGAGAUGAGGAAGAAGGCGACUAAUGAAUUUGAGAAGGAUUUCUAUAAAUUAAUGAACAAUGCUGUUUUUGGUAAGUUAUUAUUAUUAUUAUUAAAUCUUAUCUGUUAUUAUAUUAUUAUGAUUUCUAGGUAAAACUAUGGAAUCAAUGAGAAGGAGGAUAGACACUAAGCUGGUAUCCAGCGAGAAGAGAAUGCAGAAACUGGUCAAUAAGACGACGUUUAAACACUGUACUUCCUACAAUGAAAACCUGUGUGCUGUGUCACUGGAAAUUGAAAUAAUACAUUUUUGCAAACCAAUUUGUACAGGUAUGUAAAUCAUUUAAAUUCUUAUAUUAUUUAUUAUAUAAUUAUAAUGUUUUUAUUCAUAUGUUUAUAGGACGUUUAUAA